AUGUCACUUCCGUUCGAUCUUCUUCAUAUGGAGAUGGUUCGCUAUGGAAAAGAAAAAGAAGCGGUAGCUCGAGCGGAUUAUCCGAAGGAAGUACUCGAGGGUCUCGAUAAAGCGACAAGUUCUUUGGUCUACAAAGCACUGGCUAGUAGAAAUGCGGAAACGAAUCUCGAGUCGAUUGGUUUGCGAACGGGUUUCCUGCUUGCCGAACGUCUCUGCAGGGAUUUGCCGAGAAUUUCUACAGAGUUAGAAAUAAUGAAGUUCAUUUGCAAGGAAUUUUGGAUAAGCGUUUUUGGGAAACAAGUGGACAAUCUGCGAACAAAUCACCAGGGUGUCUACGUCGUUCAGGACAAUCGGUUCCCUUGUUUGACUUCAUUUUCCGAUGGUACACAAUAUGUAAAGGACGCCGCGAUCUAUCUGUGUUUUCCAUGUGGAGUCGUCCGCGGAGCUCUACAAGCACUCGGCAUCCAGGCACUCGUCACUCCCACCACCGAUCAACUUCCAUCCGUGAAGUUUCAUAUUCACAUCAAGACAAAACUUACU